UGCGCGCCGCCGGCGGGUUCGUGCCCGCGCGCCGCCGCCGUCUCCGCCGCUGUCUGCGCUGCUGCCGCCGUCUCCGCAGUGAGGUCACGGGUGGGCGGUGCGUCCGCGGCGCCUGUUCCGCUCCCCGGGCUGCCGGAGCCCCCGCGGCGCCGGGUGAGGAGCCGGGAGUUACCGGGGAGGGGGAAACAGAGGUUGUCUGGACAGACUGACAGAAAACUGUGUUAGCACGAGACACGGAUUUAGCCCAUGGCCUGGAUCUUACCUCUAUUCCUAAUAGCUUGGGGUGGGCAAAUUCUGACACACACCAGUGACAUCUGUGCAAAAGGUGACUCUCUAGGGACAUUUAGGUUUUUGCCGGCGAUCUGGAUCAGCUUUUAAUUUGAGGAUUUAUUUGUGAACUACCAUAGUAACUCUCGUGAUGGUGAAAUCAUAAAGUUGGCAGCACAAUAAAGCAAGCCCUUAAGAUUGUGUUUGAUCUCCAAGAACUGAAAGUGCUGAAUAAAAUUUUCAUGUAACUUAAACUAAAUUUUGGAUCAGUUGCAUUAAGAUCAGCAUUCUUCAAAUGAAGACCCAUUUUUCUAUUUUAGUAUUUAAAUAGAGACUUAUUUGAAAAGACAAUAUAUAUUUUUAAAAGAAAAAAAUUAUCGGGGACAGACGUUCUUGCAUCAACUCAUUUUUUACUAAAUCGCUGUAAAAGACUACUGUGUAAAAUAAUGGGCAGGGUAUGAAAAAAAGCCUUUUGUAUACAUAUUGCGGUGCAGUUUUCGUAAGAGAAAAUUGAACAAAUAACUGUAGAACUAAGAAAAAACUGUGUAACCUCUCUUACUAAUUUUAUGGUAUUAUGUGCAAAACAAGUUAGAGUUUUUACUGUUAGAGUGUAAAAUAACAUUUUACUGGAAGUCCAAAAUUUGGUGUACCUGAGGUAAUUGAGACCACCUGAAACUGUUUUUGUAUGAACAAGCAGGAAAAUGCACACUCAAGACUGACUUAAUUAAAGCUCUGGCAUUUAGCAAUGGAAAGCCCACAAAUAAACUUCCCUCUAGGUCUAGUUUCAGACCAAAAAAGGAGUGGGAUCCAAGAGGAUGGGAGUCCUCCAUUAAAAAAAGCAAUGACAGAAAUGCACGUAAAUAGCAACGUACGAGUUGUAAUAAAUAAAUUGCCAGCAAUAAAGAAGGAAAACUUGGAUGAAUAUGAUGAAACUCCUGCGGAGGCUGAUGGGGAAACCACCAAGCCAAAUAGCACUUCGCUAUCUGAGCCUUUGAAUUUAAAUCCAGGUUUGAAACACACGUUGGCACAGUUCCACUUGAGCAGCCAGAGUUCACUGGGUGGACCAGCAGCUUUUUCAGCUCGUUAUUCCCAGGAAAGUAUGUCACCCACUGUCUUCUUGCCUCUUCCAUCACCGCAAAUACUUUCUGGUCCGCUGCUUAUUCCUCCAGACAGCUCUACAGAACUCACCCAGACUAUACUGGAGGGGGAAUCUAUCUCUUGUUUUAAAGUUGGAGGAGAGAAAAGACUUUGCCUGCCUCAAGUAUUGAAUUCAGUUCUCCGAGAUUUUUCGUUGCAGCAGAUCAAUACAGUGUGUGACGAACUGUAUAUAUACUGCUCCAGGUGCACUUCCGACCAGCUUCAUAUUCUGAAGGUUUUGGGAAUUCUUCCAUUUAAUGCUCCGUCCUGUGGGCUAAUUACGCUGACUGAUGCUCAGAGACUAUGUAACGCUUUACUGCGUCCUCGCACUUUUCCACAAAAUGGCAGUUUUCUCCCUGGUAAGAACACGUUGGCCCAAUUGAAAGAGACUGGCAGUGCCUUUGAAGUAGAGCACGAAUGCCUGGGCAAGUGCCAGGGCUUGUUUGCACCUCAGUUCUACCUUGCGCCGGAUGAUCCGUGUAUCCAGUGCUUGGAGUGCUACGGGAUGUUCUCACCCCAGACGUUUGUGAUGCAUUCACACAGAUCCCCAGACAAGAGAACGUGCCACUGGGGAUUUGAGUCGGCCAAGUGGCACUGCUACCUGCAUAUUAACCAAAAAUACUUAGGAACGUCAGAGGAGCGGGAACUGAAACAUCUCUUGGAGGAAAUGAAGGAGAAAUUCAGCGAGAAAAAUCAGAAAAGAACUCGGUCCAAAGCAGAAUCACAGCAGAGCCUGGAAUUAUCGCAGUGGUAUCCAGUUAUAAAGCAAGAAACAGAAACUGAUCCUCAACCACCCUCCUUUUUCCAUCCCAGUUACUACCUUUAUAUGUGUGAUAAAGUGGUUGCCCCAAACGUAUCUCUUGCAUCACAAUAUAAGGAUGUUGCAAAAACAACAGUCAAAGCUUCAGAAAUAAUUAAAUCUUCACCUGGGCAGUCAGAGAAGAAGCUCAGUAGUGGAAAACACAAAAAAGCUGCCUCCUAUCCAGAGCUUUCUCUUGAAGAACAGGAAAAAAUAGACUUGAAAACUGGUGUGGAGCAGCAUAAAUGUUUAGAUCCCCCUAUGUCAACUCGUUCUGCAAGAGGUGGAAAAACUGAACGCAUUUCUUCCAAAAUCACAAGGGACUCCAGCCGUGUUGAAGUAGGUAAUGAUGUGCGAACCUUGUCCCCUACUCUCAUGAAAGACAUCAGUUGUGAAGAUGAUAAGGGAAGGAUCAUGGAAGAAGUAAUGAAAACCUACAUCAAGCAGCAAGAAAAACUAAAUUCUAUUUUGCGGAGGAAACAGCAGCUUCAAAUGGAAGUGGAAAUGUUAAACAACUCUAAAGCUAUGAAGGAAUUAACUGAAGAGCAACAGAAUUUGCAGAAAGAACUUGAAUGCUUGCAAACAGAGCAUGCUCAAAGAAUGGAAGAAUUUUAUUUUGAGCAGAGAGACUUGGAGAAGAAACUGGACCAAGUGAUGAAGCAGAAGUGUAGCUGUGACUCCAAUUUAGAAAAAGACAAAGAAGCUGAAUAUGCAGCACAGCUGGCAGAAUUGAGACAGAGAUUGGAUCACGCAGAGGCAGACAGACAAGAGCUUCAGGAUGAACUGAGACAAGAACGAGAGGCAAGGGAAAAGUUAGAGAUGAUGAUAAAGGAGUUGAAGCUACAGAUCUUGAAAUCUUCAAGAAAUGGAAAAGGAAAAUAGAAAUUGGAAGAGGAAGUGUGACUGCGUCCUUCAAACAGGGUGUUUUGGUUUUUAAUGAAUUGUGAGCAGUUUCUGCAUGAUAAGAAAAAGUAUUCUUUACAGAUUUCUAUUUCCCAGACAAGGCCAGAUGAAGAUAUACAUAUAUAUAUAUAUAUAUAAACAGAGAUGGGUGUACAUUUUUAGAUUUUCCUAACCAAUGAAAAUCUGCAUUUAUUUAUACUGGCGUUUUUCUCAAACAAUGAAAAAUAUGAAACUCUUGAGUUUAGAGUGACCAGUUUCUGUCUAUUUCUAGUGCAGUCAUGAGGACUCUUUACCUUUUGUCUGUUGAAAUGUAUGUAGUGAUCUUAGUUUGCUAUCAAUUGCACAUCCAGUUAUAAAAGUACAUCAAAAAUAUUCUCAAUUCUUCAAGGUCAAAAGGAGUUUGGGUUUCAGUGAGAAUUACGUCUUCUCAAAUGGGGAAAAGUAAAGGCAGCUUUUCACCGGUAAGGUAAGAUGCAAAAUUGCCAUGAUGAUAGAUGAUUGAUCAUCAAAAGUGAUUUACCAGCAGAAUUUUGCCAUAAUUUCGUUACGUGAAGUCAAGCUAAUCGUUUCAGUAUUUUGUAUUUAACAACUUGUUAUCAAUCUAAAGAGUUUUAGGGCCAGCGUUUGCUUGCCGUGCUGGAAGAAGAAAACAUUAGGGGUUUUUUGUAAAUGAAAACAUUUACAAUAGCAAUAUAAUCUUUGGAAAUUAAAAAUUCACGCAUUUCCUUUUGUUUUCUUCUAUAUAGUAGAUAUGAAAGAAAUGUUAAUGAAAGGCUUAAAGGUGGGGCUUUUCCUUCUAGAAACUGAGAAAGCUUGACUUGACUGGUUUUCAGAUACCAAUGCUUUCAAGAAAAAUAAUAUAUAUUAAAAAUAUAUAUUAGUUUCUUUAGUACCCUAAGCCUCCGCUCUUUGAGCUUCUUGCCAACUUGUGGAUUUUUCUUUCAUUACAAAGAACAGGCCUUAACUGACAUUGCGAUAAUAGCUUAAAAAAGAAAAUUCUGAGAUAUGGCACUUUGGAAAUAAUUUUGAUAGUCUCUGUUUUUGAAUGGCAUGGUAAUGUUGCCAUGAAGUAAGAAAUACAGCAUGUUUGUUAAGCUAUAACAUUUGAAAAUGUGUAAUUGUACAGAAUUACUGUUUUAUGUAUAUAUAAUGUUUGAGUACUUUGGAAGUCUGGUUCGUAGUGGAUUAGACGCAUGACUACAAAGUUGGAUGAAGAAAUACUUUUUUGCACUUCUCUGCAAAACAUUUGAUAGAGGUGACAGAUGUGAGCUGAUUAUGUCAGUGACUAGAAAUAUUUUAGUAGUUCUGGUAUUUUACUAUAUAAUUUUAACUUGUGCUUUAGCUUCUAUUGUUGAGGUACUUAGGUUUAUUAUUCUCUUAAAAAUUGAGUUAAUUUUGGAUGAAACCACUAGUAAAAGCCUACCUGGGUUAUUUUUUUCCCGAACUAGUAAAACUGAAAAGUUUUAAGUUCUUUUUUGUUUCUCUUUUAGUGGUAUAACAGGACUGAAUAUCACAGAGGAAGAUAAAAUUGCACAUGUAUUUACAUUGAAUGAGAAAUGAGGUGGUAAAUUAAAUGUCGUGGAGUCACAGGAUAAUUCUUUUAUAACUGUUCAUAAUUUUGUUUAUGGACUUUGUGUCAUAUUUACACUGACGGUUCAAGCAGUUCAGAUGAAAAAAUAUCAAACAAUUUCUUUGUCAGUGUUGACCAUAAAAGAGGACGCAGGUCACAUUUUCCCUUCUUCAACUCCAUCUCCAAAUUAUUGCUUUAAAGAAAACAGAAAAGUAGACAGCCUGUCUUUGCAGCAUAGUGAUGGUUUGGAAGGAAGUGUUUGAGUAUAAAUGAUGCUGCUUGUGUAUGCACUCCUUGCUUUAAAAACACAAUGUUUUAUUAUAACAACCAGCAAAACUGUGGCUAUGGGGAGAGUUGGCAAGAAUGUUGAUAAAAGUAUGAUUAUUAGAGGAUGGAGUUUGAAGUAGUCCAGUGUGAUCAGCAGAACCUAUGUUGGAUUAGCCACAUGGGCAAGUCAAAAAUACCGUCCUGGGAAACUGAAUUCAAAGUUUCAUCGAGGUAUUAUUAAGGGAUCGAAAGAGAUAAUUUCUAGUUGCUUUUCAGGAUCAGUGUUUUGAACCAGCUUUGUUCGAUUGUCAGUGUAGAUAAUGCCAUGCAGACUCAUUUAAUGAUACAGCUGCAGUAACGAAUUUACCACAGUAUUUAUAGCUUAGCUGCUGAAUGUAUGGAAUCCUCAUGGCAUUAUAUUGGAAUACUGUAUAUUCCAUUUCUAUUCAGGUCUUACCUAUGUUGUGUGAAUUCUGCCCAGAUUUCCUGUUCUGUCACCGGGUAGAUGUUGUGCAGUGGCAGUUGCAGUGGGGUACUAGUAAGCCUGGGUUCCUGUGCCUCAACCAGCACAUAACCACCUCUCAACCAGCUGUUAACUGGCUUGUACUGGAGACCGUUAAAAUGCUGGUGGCCAUAGUUUGUGCUAGUACUUUCACUGUUGCAAGAACUCAAGCAGCUCUGUGAAGUUUUUAGCAAUUCCAGCUGCAGAUAAGGCCUCCUAAUCGUUUUAAAACAUCUGGCUGAAAAAGCAAAUGGAACAUUUAUUAAAAUGACUUUAAAAGUAGCUUUGUAAAUAUUCCAUUUAGUUAACUGAAAGUUAGAAUGCAUUUUAAAUUAUUGUAAUCCUCUUAACAUUCUUCAAUAUUACUUUCAGGCUCUUUACAUAAGUAAUUUUCAUAUGUGUAGACUUAAUUUUAUACUGAUUUUAAGUAAUAAUGUAUACAUAAAUGUGCCAUAGAUUUUGUGUGUUCACACUCUUUGAAAGAUAGUUUUUUAGGAAAUUGUAAAUAAUACUGUAUAAGUUCUAGAACAAAUACAUGUUGACGUUUUUUCACUACCUAUACUAGUUAUAUCAAGUGGUUUACUUUACAGAAGCUUGGAAUGCACACUUAAGGGCCCUCACUUAAGUGCACACUUACCCGGUAGAAACUGAUUGUCAUUUUGUCCUUGCUUUUGGUCACAGCAUGCUCAUUUUAUGUAUUAUUAAUUGUUUUGCCUUCAGUUACUGCUUGCUGAUCUCCCAGGCAAAAAGUCGUUUUCCCAGAUAGUUGUGACAUGAAGCCUGUAGGGAAAAAAUCCUAAAAUUGUCCCUAAUUUAGAAAGUUGCAUUAUUGAACACCUAGAUCAAGGUCAAAGUUGCCUAGUGCACCUGGAGGAACAAAUUAAGUAGGAUUCAAGGUGAAUAUCUACUUUGCUCUUAUACUUUUUUAAAGAGAGAGCUUUCACAUGCUUUGUGUACCCUCAUCAACCAGAAGAUAUAAGAGCUUAGAGAGUGAAACUCUUGUCAUUUUGGCAGUCUGAAAGCGCCCUUGUUUGCUGUGUAUCCCUAGAUGAAAGAGAUUUUUAUCUAAAUCUCCAAACUUAACUAAGUCUGUGUUUUAGUUUUUGUAAAGCAUAUCGUUUAGCUUGAGUAUUUAGAUAAAAGUAGUUAUGUUUCCCAUUCUUAAACUAAUUUUAUUCUAUAUUUAAUAUAUUAAUAGCUUAGAUGUAAAAUCAUUUGUAUAUAGUAGAGGCAUAAUGCAAUUAGUGAAGUAGGAAAAGUUGAGUGGGAGCGUAAAGCUACUGGUGGCCUGAAAAAAUAAGGCUUGGCCCAUAUUUUGGAAGUCACAAUGUUUUAUUCAUACAUUCUUGUUUUAUAUCGGGGAGGGGAUAGCUAGAAUGUGUUCUGGAAUUUUUGCAAAACUUUCCUAGCAUUAGUCAUGAAGUUGGCCUUGAAGUGCCGUCAUGGUCAUCUUCCUAGAAUUCACUUGUUCGUAGAGUCUAUAUUUUGAUUGUCAGUAAAGAUAACAUUGUAUUUUUUCUGCACUUAAUUCGUGUAAUUAAUCCACACAACAGAGUUUUCUGUAACAUGGUGAAGUUGACAAAAGAUGUGAUUACACCUACCUGUUGAUCUGUGCUUGCAAUAUUUCAGUAAUUUUCUUGAAGCUGUCAAUGGUAAGCAGCAGAAGGCUGCAAAUUUCGGUUUUCUUUUGCUCACUACAUUUGCAAUGCAAGUAUUCAUCAGUUUUCAUUACAGGAAGCUUGUAGAAUAUUUGUUACAUAUUUCUGUUUCAAAAAGAGAUCAAUUUUUUAGCUUUUGUGAAAGCAGUUAUCGCUUACAAAUCACACAAUAAUUUUGUUUUGUCUCCAUUACUUAGGAAAUUGUUUAUUCCAGGGUCAGUGGUUCAGUGGGAAAAUGUUUGAAAAAUGAGUUUUAGGCACUUCAUCAAGCACAGCAAAUAAAAAAUUUUGCUAUUUGAGAAUUGAUUAAAUGUAACAGUAUAAAUGGAUUUUUUUUUUCUUCAAAUAUGGAUACCUCACUUAAAGGAAAGCACAGCUGUACUAUUUAAACUAAUUGUAGGAAAUAAAAAGUUGGUCUAAAAUGUUUUGUUGCCAUUAUGUUGCUUUCUGUGGUUGACUCAAUCUGUUUCUCUGUUUUCAUACUCGCUCUUGAAGGUAUUUAUUGAUGUUGACAUGCCAGUGUAGUUAUUUUAAAUUACAGAAAGUAGCUGCAAAACAAGAGUCUGCGUUAGCUCAAGGCAACAGGUUGAAUGACUAUUCUGAAACCAGAGGAAAGCCUGUGAACAAUGAUCAGUGCAUUCAACAGUUUUUAAUACUUUGCCAAUGAUGUACAGUCUUCUUGUCAGAGUUGCUGUGGUUGCAUUACAUGACACACAAAACUGUCCUCUACCUCACGUGAGAUUGAACAGAUAUUUUAUAUGGUUUUAGUAAACAAGAGGCAUCUAUCUGGUCACUUAGUUUACAAAUUUUGAAUUAUAUUUAUUGAAACAUGACAUACUGUGCUCUUAGCUUAUACCUCAAUUGUAUUUUGUGCUGUUAUCCAUUUUCAUGCCUUGUAAAUACCUGUAUAGAUUGUGCAUUCAAAAACAAAUAAAGAACUGUAAUGUCAGAA